AUGACCAACUUUAAUCCUUUGUCCAAAAUUCUUGAUGAUAAUCGUUUGACUGGAUCAAACUAUGUGGAUUGGAAGAGAAAUUUAACAAUUGUCCUCACUGUUGAAAAAUUGAACCAUGUCUUAACCACUGAUCCGCCUGCGCUUCCUGAGGCGGAUGCCACUGAUGAACAACGUGAGGCUGUUAGGAAGUGGCAUGAGGCAAAUGAUGUUGCAAAAUGCUACAUAUUGGCCUCAAUGACCAAUGUGUUGCAAAAGCAGCAUGAGAGUGUUCCUACUGCAAAAGACAUGAUGGUUAACUUGAAAGAAAUGUUUGGAGAACAGAGCAGAAGUGCACGCCAAACAGCCAUGAAAGGUUUGAUGUCCACCAAAAUAGGGGAAGAUUCUUAUAAUCAGUUUAUUUUGAAUUACAAUAUGAAUAAGAUGAUUGUUGCACCAUCAAAGCUGCUCAAUAUGUUGCAAGCAGCAGAGGAUCUUACUAAAAAGAGCCAACCCACUGUGAUGAUGGGUGAGAAGGAAGGUCCUAGAAAAUUCAAGCCUAAGGGCAAGAAUAAUUUUAAUAAGAAACCUACGGGUUCCAAAUUCUCUAGAAAAACACUAGGUGUUCUUAAAAAGGGCAUAGAUAAGAAGAAAAGCAAAGGAAAUUGUUUCCAUUGCGGAAAGCCUGGCCAUUGGAAGAGAAACUGCCGUCAGUACUUGGCAACACUGAAAAAGGACAAACCUUCGGAAGGGGUUCAAGGAGACCAAAAGGCUUAA